UGAUUCAACCUUUUUUUUUUUAGUACAGACUACAGACUUAUUGGCUAGAUCUCAUUUAUUUUUUUCCCUUUUAAAUUUUACUAUCCCAGCUUUAUCCCUUUGAUGAACAGAGGAUGAAUGAAUCUAGAUCUAUAUUAGAUCUAGAUUUCUGGAGUCUAGAUUUAGAAAUAUAUUUCCCCCCACAGUUUUACGACUAUCUUUAUGGACGCUUAGAAAUAUAAUAUUUGCGACAUUAAAAUAAUAAGGUCAACCCAUCCAGAUCUAGAUCUAUUACUGGUACAGCACCGUGUUACGAUUUUUGUGUGAUUUGUGUCUGUUAAUUUGUCAACUCGAACUGAAGCUUUGUUUGCGUAAAUCUGUGUUGGAGACAACCUGAACUUUGAGGUGAAUUUAUUUAGGCCAAGCCAGCACUAGACUAGUUCUCUAGACAAAUCCGUGGAAGUGGUUUAGGUUUAACUGUCGACAUUACCAAUUGCUAUGGCAGUUGAAGCUAUAUGAGCUAUCACAGUUACUUUCAACUUGUGAAGCAGGAGUCUGUACUUGAAUAAAAAAAAAUAGAUUCUAACACACACACACAGGAAUUCUGAGGAAUGACAGCCCUAAGAUCUACCAUUAAAUUGACUAAAGUUACUUAGGGAAGGCAUACUCUUAAGAGUUUGCAAACAAUCAAAUUGUGUUAUAUAGAUCUAUUAGAUCUAAUUGUAACAUAAAAUGGAUGACUAUGACCCAGCUUGUCCUACUGAGGAUGAACCGCAUAUUAUGGAUAUCGAUCUUUCCCAAGUUCCACUACCUCCCUCAUCACCAGAAGGCUCAAAGUCUGGUCAAAUUUCAGAGAAAGAUGUAAAGACAAAAGACAGGAGACGGAAAAAGAAAAAGAAAAGGCAUGAGAAGGCAGCAGAGCAAUGUCAGGCUAUAGAAAAGGCAGAAAAAGAACAGAGUGAUAAAGAUAUUCCUGAGACUACAAGCAGUCAAGAAUCAUUCCAUCUAAAUCAUCCAGAGAAAGGCAUUGAAGAUAUUCCAAAUCUUGAACCAGCAGGGGAGCUCAGUGAUGCUGAUACUAGGGGGGAUGAGCCCCCUUCAUUGCUUCCAGAGUCUACCUCUGAAACAGCAUCAAAAAGCUCAACCACCUCUAUGCCAAAACCAGUGCCAUCCAGUUCUGGAACGAGAAUGUCUAACAAGCUACAGUUUAAACUAGCUUCCGAUCCCAGCUCAGGGAAGGCCAAGGUCUUAUUUCAGCUCAAUAAAAGCACCAAGUUGAACCCUUUGAAUCUUGCCCCCGAUGAAGGAGAAGAGAAGAAUGAAGCCGAGGCAGAAGCUGAAAAACAGAUUAUUGAGAAAACCUCUGCAGGCGAGUAUGUCCCAACCAGAUUCAAAGUGUCCAAGAAGCACGAGAUGUUCAAGCCAUCACAGGUUCCAAGUAUGACCAUAGUGUUCAACUCCAACUCUAUUGUUAGUGCUAACUCAACAGUAGCCACCAGCAGCUCAGCAUCUUCUGCUGAAACUGAGAUUAGCCAUGAAGAUCUUAAAGCUUCUGCGACAAGCAAGUGGACCAAGUCAGAUGAGAAAGAGGAAGAUAGAAAGAAGCCUAAAAAGGAGGAGUCUGAAGACAGGCCAUUGAGACGUAGUGACAGGAUGGCAGCGAGGAGGGAGUCUAGAAAUGAAGACCCAAAGAAGGUGGAGGAGAGCAAGUCAGGGUCUCAUCAAAGGGAGGAGUCUUCCUCCAGAAGGGGGAGAAGUAAGCACCAGGAAGACAAAAAUGUAGAGGCUGAUGAUAAUGUUCCAAGGAGGCGCUCCUCCAGGAUAAAAUCUGAAGAUUCCGAUGAUAAGAAAACAGAUAAAGACAAUGGCAGGAACAGAAGUACUAAGCAGCAAGAUGUUUUGAAAGGAAGUCACAGGAGAACCAGAAGUUCUAGAAGAAGUCGAAGUCUUAGUCGCGAACGUUCACGCAGAAGUCCCUCACCGUUGAAAAAAUUAACCUCAAAAGAAACGAAUAAAUCUGAAAAUGUGAAUAAUAAAAAGGAAGAAGAAGUAAAUUUAAUUCUGGACACUUCAUCUGAAAAAAAUUCAGAUGAUGUUCCUGUUUCCAGAGAAGAUGUAGAAAUGGAUUUAGUGCAAACUAGUUCUCAACCUCUCCAUGAUACAAAACAGGAGCAGGAUACAGCAGAAACUGUUGCCAAUAAAUCUCUAGAUCCAGAUUCACAAGAGGAUGAGGAUAGUAAGAAACAUCUUCAGAAACUUGUUAUUCGGAGAUCAGUGGAGACAAAUGGGUUUCAAGUGACUCGCAAUGAUCUUGCAGAUGUUGAAGGCAAGGAGCUGCAAUCACCUGCCAAAAACAAGUCUGAAGAAAAGGAAAAGCCUCAAUUUGAGGAAAAGGAAAAGCCUCAAUUUGAGGAAAAGGAAAAGCUUCAAUCUGAGGAAAAGGAAAAACCUCAAUCUGAUGUGGUAAAGGACCAACGUAGCAGUUCCAAAGAUCAAAACAGGUCCAGUUCUAAAAAACAUCAUGGACACAGGGAAAGAAAUGAAGAAGUUUCAAGACGCAGCUCACGGAGAGAUCUCAGAAAUAAAAGGACAAGAACUAGCUCUUCUAGUUCUGAAGAUGAAAAGGCUGCUAUUCAGAAAAAACUUCCACCCAACAAGGAUUCUUCCAGAACAAAACAUUCAACUUUUGGCUUUGAGGAGCACCCACUUGCACCAGAGCAAGUUCUUGUUGAUGUCUCUGCGAUUCCUGGGAAAAGUAAAUGGGAACUAGAGGACGAGGAUGAAGAAGAGAAAGAAAAAAACCCUCUCCCAACAUCUACCUAUGACUUUUAUGGGCACCCUAAAGUUGAGCUCCAAAGGCUUCCUGCUAAGAGUUAUGAAACAUUAGAUCUGAGCUGGAGACGAUCCGCCAGGCUUCAGACAGAUAAAAACUUCCAAGCCAAUGUCAAAACCUCCAAGGCUAGACACAGUAGCAGCAAUGACGAAGACUUUGACAGCACAAGGAGCAGGGACAAGAAAAAGCACAGAAGCAAAGAGAAAAAAGGUAAGAAGAAAAAGAAGCGCCACGAAGGAAGCAGCACGGAGGAGGGCCAUGAGACUCUUGAAAAGCCAGAAGUGAAAAAAGUAACAUCAGAGAAGGAACCCAAGGGAAAGCACAUUGCUGAAAAGCUGUUGCCAGAUGUGAAGAAGAAAGAAGAGUCUACCAAAUCAAAGGCUGAUAUUGACACAGCCAAGCUGGUGACUUACUUGAAGGAGUACAGUGAAAAAGAGGAGUUUAGUUACAAAGAAGAGAAACCCAAACCUAAGAAUGAGCCUGACAAAACAAAGAUAAUGAAAUACUUGAAGGAAUACAGUACGAUGUCAAAUGACCCAGACCAGUCUAUGGAUGAAGGCAGAACAGAUACAUCAGUACAUGAUUCUGUGAAAGAGAUCACAGAGACAGAAACUAUCCAAGAGAAAAAAGAGGACAUAGUUGAUUCUGAAGAAAUAGUCAGGAAAAGUGAAAGCAAAAUAGAAACCUCUGAUAAAGAAGAGAUAAAUGAAAGUACUAAUGAUAAAUCUCCUGAACCAAGUCCUGAAAGAAAAAAACAAUCUUUGUCACCUGAACAGAUAGAAAGGAGGGGCAGAUCUAAAUCAGCUGAUCGUGUGAGAGAAAGAAAGAAAAGAUCAAUGUCUUUAGAAAAAAUUAAUAAAAAAAGAGAAAGGUCCACAUCUUCCGACAGAAUUAAAGAAAAAGAGAAAUCUAAAUCACCUGACAAAAUCUAUGAGAAAAGAGGAAGAUCAAAGUCUUCAGAAAAAUCAAAGGAAAAAUGGUCUAAAUCACCAGAGAGAACUAGGGACAGACGAGGCAGAUCCAAAUCUUCUGAAAAAAAUAGAGAUAAAAGAGAUGGAUCAAAAUCUAGAGAUAGAAGAGAUCGGUCGAAGUCUUCAGAAAGAAUCAGAGAUCGCAGAGACAGGUCUAAAUCUAGAGAAAAACUUGAACGCUCCAGAUCUGUAGAGAAAUAUCGCAAAGGCCAGACAUCUUUUCGACAAAAAUCCCCUGUUAGAAUGAAAGGCAGACGUAACAGGUCAAGAUCUAGCUCUAAGGGUAGAGCUGCUAGAGAUUGGAGAAAUAGGUCACGGUCAAGGUCAUAUGAAAGAAAUAGUUUUUACAGACACUAUAGAAGUCCUGGCAGAGGUCGACGAGAAAGAUACAGAAGAGGGCGUUCACGUUCAGAUUCCCGAGAUAGGUACUCAGACUAUAGAAAACGUGGCAGUGAGGAUAAAUCCCAGUCAAAACAUAUAAAGUCGAGCCUUUCCCCAGAAAAAACAAUAAAAAAAGAACAAGAUAUGAGCAGCUCUACUGAAAUUCUUGUGAAGGCUGAAGAGGGCCUGUCAGCAGAUAUCGAUAUCGAUCUAACGACCAUACCUAUUCCCAGUGAAAUACCCUUACCUGGAGAGGAAAUCAAACUGAAAGAAGACGCAAAGAUGGAGAAAAAAGAAUUUUCAGAUUCCUUAGUGGUUGAACCAAUGGACAUAUCUGAUGGGGAAGCCUCAGAAGGGCUUGAAAGUUCUGCUUCGCAACGUUUGCCUUCUGAAAUAUUGCAUGUUCAGAAUGUGCCAGAACAAGAGGCCAGCAAAGUGGAUAGUCAGGUCAGCACAAAAGACAAACAGAUAAAGUUUUCCAUAGCUGGCAGUGUUAAAAAGAUAAAACCAGUGUCUGCUCUUUUGGAAAGCAAACCUGACUUUCCGACCAAGGUGUGCGAAGAUACUAUGAAUCCUGAUGACAAAGGCUCUGUCCCAUUAAAUACAAAGCUUGAGCAAGAACAAUUCUCUAAAGAUGAAGGUGCAUGUUCAGAAACAGUAAAACUGUCCCAGGCAGAGGAUCUGAAAAAUAAUAAAGUGCAUCCUUUUGAAGAAGACAGUGACAGUGAUGACAUUCGGAAGGCGAACAAGGUGGAUAGAAAGAAAGAAAAGAAGCCAGAUGUUCCUGCUCAGCGGUUAAAGUUCAAAUAUGUUCCACUGUGGGAAAUGGAAGAGUCAGAGGCCAGACCAGUUAUGGAAUCUCCCAAGAAACCUAAAAGUAGACUUAGCCUAGCACUUGACUAUGGGAGUGACAGCUCUGACAGUGAAGUUGAACAAAAUUCAGAGAUUAGUCAAAUCUCUACUGCAAACACUGUAGCUGAAUCAGGGAACGAUUCUUUAGUUAUUACUGCAACAGGUAGAUCCCCUAGUGUUGAGCCUGAACCUGAUAAAGCCCUGAUGGUUGAUCCUAAAACAGAAAAAGAUUCUAUUGUUGAACCCCGAACAAGGAAAAACUUUAUUGUUGAGUCUGAAUCAGAGAAAGACCAUAUUGUUGAGCCUGAAUCAGAGAAAGGCCAAAUGGUUGAGCCUAAAUCAGAUAAUUCUUCUGUUGAGAGUUGUUCUGGUGUUGUCUCAGCUCAACUUGAGCAAUACAAUUUUGUUCCUAAAGAAGUAGCACCUGAAAUAAUUCCUGAUGCUUCUUUAGAUGAUUUGAAAACAGUGGAAAAAUGUGCACCUAAAAAUUCAUCUUCAGAGAAAAACUGCGAAGAAGAAAUAACUCAACAGGCCUCAUCACCUCCACAAACAAAAGUUGCAGAGGAAGAAGCCUACUCACCUUCUCAUCCUUCUCUUGAGGAUGCUGAUGAUAUUUUUGAUGCAAGUCCCUCUGCAACUCUAAUCAAACUGCCAUCUAAAACUGAAGGACUGUCAAAACACAGUGACCAUUCUUUUGGGAUAGUUACCUCCAUGCCUUUGCCUAUUCCAUUAAUUACAACAUCUUUAAGUGUGCCUCUGAUCAAACCAGUUGCUGCUCCAGUAUCAGUGAACAGAGGACCAGCUUUAGACAUCCCAUUGGUUGCAUACCCACAUCUUCCUCUCUCUUCAUUAACCGGAGAAAACCAACCAAGUACAACUUUGCUCCAGAAUGCUUCAUCCUUGAUUAAGGAUGUUUCAACGAUACCACUCCCUGGAUCUCAUCCCUUGCCACCUGUCCAGUCCCAUCAGGUUUCAUUGUCCCAGAACUUUUCAUGCCCAGUGCAGGCUAGCCUUUCCACUUCAACUGUCAUGCCUGUGACAUAUCCCAUCUUGCCACAAGCUCUACCAAAAGCUGUUCCUCCACCAGUGCUGCCUCCUAACAUCAGCACAGGAUGGGCUUCGAUGCAAAGUUCCAGCACUUCACAGGCUUACUUGAGCAAGCAAGGAGCAAGCCUUUCACAUGCUGUAGUCACUUCACUGACUCCAUUAGGAACUGUAGCUCCAGUGCCUCCACCAGUGACUCCUGUGCCUCCAUCAGGCAUGGUUGCUCCCAUACCUCUGCCAGGGAUUGUAGCUCCUGUACCACCACCAGGUGUUGUAACUCCAGCACCUCCAUCAGGAAUUGUAGCCCCAGUACCACUGCCAGGUGUUGUAGCUCCAGUACCUCCACCAGGAAUUGUAGCUCCAGUACCCCCACCAGGAAUUGUAGCUCCAGUACCUCCACCAGGAAUUGUAGCUCCAGUACCUCCACCAGGAAUUGUAGCUCCAGUACCUCCACCAGGAAUUGUAGCUCCAGUACCUCCGCCAGGCAUUGUAGCUCCAGUACCACCUUCAGGUGUUGUAGCUCAAAUGCCUCCACAAGUAAUACUUUUGCCAGUAAAUCAACCCACUGUUGUUUUGCCAGUAAAUAAACCCACUGUUGUUUUGCCAGCCUCUUCAGUGCAACCACCUGUUUCCUUGGAACCUGAAGCUCCCAUUAAAUAUAGAAUAAGCAGAUUUCAUCAAGCUCCUGCUGGCCAUGUGCCCCAACAAGCUAUUCCACCUCCUUCAGUGUCCAUUCCAACACUCCAGCCUCCUACAGUGGUGGUGCCAUUAUCACUCAGUAGUGUUCCAUCUUCAAAUACUGCAUCAGCUUUACCUGUCUCUCAAACAAGUCAGGAUGGAUCAAAAACUGUGCAAAAGAAAUUGGAGCAACCUAAUGCAGUUCAGAUUUCUAAACGCCCUAAAAUCUCAUCAAUUUUAGCUCAGCCCAAAAUCGAUGACCCGAAAGUCUUGGAGUUGUUCAGUAAAGGGGAGGCAGAUGUAAAAUCAUUGCCUUUGCUUACCAAAAGUAUAGAUUCUGCACCAGUAGAGAAACCACCAGCAUCAAAGACUGUAAAAGAAGAAGGAGGAAGUAAUAAAGAACUGUUACUUUCAAAAUCUGAUGCUAAUACUGAAGAAGCUGUAGGUAUGAAAAGGCAAGAUGAAUUUGCUUUAGAGUCUAAACUGAAAGAAAUUAUACAGCUUCCUUUAAGUCAACCUUCAGCACUUGCAGAAAACAUAAAUUUUGACGCUUCUAGCAUUCCAUUACCAGAAGAUCCACCAAAGUUAAUAGCACCAGUGCCUUUGUCACCCAAGCCUGAGCAGCAGGAAAUUUCAGUACCUUUGCCAAUCUCAAUGCAGACAGAGUCCACAUCAGAUGGCCAGCUGUCCUCUUUACCCCCUGUCACUUCUCCGCUGGACAAUACUCCUUCAGUUUUGACCCCUCCCAUGUCAUCGCCUCCCAAAAGUCAGAGUGCAGUUACCUUGUUGGCUGAAAGAAAAAAGAGGUUUAAUCAGUCUCCAUUGGCCAUUGGCAUGCUGCCUAAAAUUCCACUCUCUCAGUCGCCUCUUGCAAUCGGCCCUCUUCCAAAGCUUCCCCCAGAACCUGAGGAGGAACCUUCAAAGAAGGGUCUUGCAUCCCUGGAAUCUCCUGCUAGAAAAAGUAAUACUGUGGCUGCAGAAUUGAAACCCAAAAUUGCCAUGCAAAUUUCUGGUCCUAAAUUUAAAAAGUCUGACAUUGAAGAAGCUAAGCCCAGUGGCUCAGGCUCAAAGAUUCAUAUAGUUCUUAGAAGUAAAUUGACCAUUCAGAAAACUUUAGUUCCCGGGUUUGAAGAUGAAGCAAGUGAUGAAGAUGUCCCCACUGAAGAAAUGGCUCAGCUUCCUGAGCCACCAGGAGAGCCAGAGAGGAUUCCCUUGUCUGCUUUUAAAGAGGAUAGCGAAGAACCCAUAGAUUCAUCCUGUUUAGCUGCCAGUGGCAGCACAGAGGGGAUGAAGAGAGAAGAGCAGAUAAGUUCUAAGUUUGUGACACCUGGAAAUAUCGAGGCUUACCCAGUUCAGGUGAUCACUAGCUCUAGAAAUGAAGAAGACACCCCUGCUUCAACCUGGCCAGAAUUCACAGUCGGCACUGGUAAAGGGGAGAGUGCAACUAAGAAAUCUAGUAAAUCUGAUGCCAGGGAGAAAAAAAGGGAUGAAGAUGAAGACAGGACGCCUGUCAGGGGGGAGGAGGACAAAAAAAGAAGCAGAGAAGAGAGUGAUAGGAGAGAGAACAGGAGGAGGUACGAAGAUGAAGGAAGUAGGCGACAUGAGGAUGACAGUGACGACAGAGGGAAGAGGAAGAUAAAAAAAGAAAAAGAAGACGGGUAUGAUGACAGACGCCGCAAUGAUGACAGGCGUAGGAAUGACAGCUAUAGUCGCAGACCUAAUCGGGAUGAUGACGAGAGUGAUUACAGGAGAAGAGUAAAGGGUGAUGAAGACAGCCGCUCAAGGCGAAGAAGUCAGUAUGACAAAGAGGAUGAUCGUAAAAGGCGCAAGUAUGAGAAAUACUUUGACAGGGAUCGCAGUAGGGAGAGAGAACGCAGCAGAGAUAGAGACCAGAGCCGAGACAGAAGCCUUGAGAGAGAAAAGAGCUUUAGCAAGUCAAAAUCCAAGUCUUACAGGAAAAGAAACAAAGACAGAAGUCGCAGUAGAAGUCCAUCUAGGAAAAGAGAGAGGGACAGAAGUCGUGAGCGCUAUGAUAGGACUCGCCAAAGAGAUGACCGAAGCCUAAGUCGGAGCAGAAGUGCUAGUCCUAAAAGGGACAGAAAGUCCCUUGAUGAUCAUGCAACCAGGUACACUUCAAAGACUAAGGAAAACAGAUCCUUUAAAGAAGACAUCUUGGAAGAGCUUAGCAAAACAAGCCUUACUCAGGAUGGUCAAAGUGACCUGUUUAAAGUAACAGCGAUCAGUUCUACUUAUCCAACAGAGUACCCUUCAGAGCAAAGGCACUACCCCAUAGAGCCAACCUAUUUACCACCAGAUUCCUCCAUGUAUCCACCUCCACCUGCCACCAUUGAAAUGCCACCCCCAUACCCAGACCCAAACUACUCUAGCCAAUAUCCACUGCCUUAUGAGCAUCAGCAGUUUGUGACACCCUGGCAGGGUCAGCCCAGCCAUGAGACUUACGUUCAGGACGUCUCCAACCAAUACCAACCACCCCCUGCUGACCACCAAGCUCCAUUGCCUACCAACCCGUAUCAGUUUCACCCACAGUCUGCCCACUAUUCGCCCCAAGUUCCACCACCACCAUUUCAAGCAGGACCAUACCACGCUCCUCCUGCCAUGCUCCCUCCCACCCCAUCUCCAGUUCAGCAAGCCCUGCCUGCCCAUGUCCAUGUGCAUCCUCAUAAUAUUCCUCUUGACCAACAGCAGCAGCCCGUUCCGCCAGUACAUAUCACAACUGUAGCUCAACACCCAGUCCCCUACACCCAAGCUGCACCACAUGCUUUCCCUCCCCCUACCUUUUCUCACGACCCCAAAAUCCAUUACGCUAAUUCACAAUAUACGGUGGUACGCGGAGGCGCUUUACAUGGACCUGUACUUCCACCCCGCGCUCCACUUUUGCAAACUUCUCAUGUUUCAAGUAUUGUCUCUGAUUCUAUCUCAAGUUUUGGCAGCAAGAGGUUCCCAUCGCCUACGCAGGUGAAGAUGCCAGAAGUGAAACCAGUCAGAAAGUCAAGAUUCAACCAACCAGACGACCAAACAGUUACAGAAUCUUCCUCGCUCUGGCCCACCGUCUCCAACUCUGAGACGCCGACUACCCCUAGCAGAGGUGACAAGUCAAGAAAACAACCCGCGAGUGCGUUGUUCAGCUUGCCGGAACCAUCUUUUGAGAACUCCUCCUUGGCUGAGGCAGAGUUUGAUGCUUGCAUUCCUCAAGAACUGAAAGGGAAAUCCAAAAAGAGAAGCAGUGCCCCCGUGGAGGAAGUGAAUGAACCCACUGUAUCUUCCUCCAGCAUAGAAGAUACUGGUGGAGACACUGGUAGUGAUUCCGGUACUGACACAUCAUCCCAAAGACCACUUAAGGUCAAGUCUAGAUGGAGGAGGAACAGUGAAGCAGAGGCUGUUGUAGAUACUUCCACACCCCCCCAGGCACCCGUGCCAUCAAAACUGGCCAGCCCUCCACCUGACUCGUCCCCAGUGGAGAUGCGAAGGACAAGGUCGAGAGCAGCUGCAGAAGAGAUGACAGUUGCCCAAGCUGCUGACACCCCGCCACCUCCUCCCCCUCCUCGAAAGAGGAUUAAGAAUGAGCUAGAUUUAACUGGUUUGGACAACCAGCAGAAUGAAGAGAGUAAAUCAACAGUCGCUGCUGAAGAAAAAGAGCAAGACCUCGAGACUCUGGUGAAGCGAACAGAUUUCCCUAAGUUUGAGAUUAUCAGUGAAAAUAUACAUUUAACUGAAAGGAAGCGCUCCAAAAGUAUGAAACGAAUGCUUUGUGAUUGUACCACAUCCAGAGAGGACAGAGCUAUGGGAAUAGAAGCCUGCGGCUCUGACUGUCUUAACAGGAUGCUAAUGAUUGAAUGUGGCUUUAGAUGUCCAUGUGGGGAAUACUGCACGAACCGACGAUUCCAGAAAAAAGUUUACUCCAAGACAUUGCCAUUCUCAGCUGGAGAAAAAGGCUGGGGAUUGAAAGCAGAUGAGGAUUUGGAAGAAAAGGGCACAUUUAUCAUGGAGUAUGUUGGUGAACUUUUGGACUUUGAGGAGUUUGUCAGGCGCACCAGACAGUACUCCAAGGAGGGCCGCAAACACCAUUACUUCAUGGCACUCAAUGCGGACGAAGUGGUAGAUGCAACCCUUCAAGGGAACAUUUCUAGAUUCAUUAACCACAGCUGUGAUCCCAACUGUGAGACCCAAAAGUGGACAGUCAAUGGGGAGUUGAGAGUUGGCUUUUUCACCAGGAAACCCAUCAAGAAAGGGGAAGAGCUCACAUUUGAUUAUCAGUUUGAACACUAUGGAGAGCCUCAGAAGUGUUACUGUGGUUCAGAGAACUGCCGAGGCUACAUUGGUUUGGUCAAGUCACCUACUCGAAACAAGAAGAAAGAGAAGAAGAGGAGAGAGAUCUUUAAAGAUGAGCUGUUGGAAGAAGACAUUGAGAAGUUGUCUCUCUUAGAUGGCAUGAGGAACAAGAACAAUGUCCUUGAACUCUGCAGGCUGAUGGUCAGAGCUGAGAAAGUACAACACAGGAUGGCUAUACUCAAGAUUUUACAGAAUACUACAGAAGCAGCUUGUCUGAGGCUGUUUCUGGAUUAUCAUGGCCUCCCAUUGUUUUGGAGCUGGAUGGCAGAUAUUGGAACUGCGGAUUACUCUGAGGAUACCCAGGAGCUAAAGUUGUUGAUGCUGUCUGUGCUUAAGUGUCUCCCCAUAACAAAUAAGACGGUCUUGAAAGAAAGCAAGAUUUUGGACAUUGUGGAGCGGUGGGCCAUGGCCGCUGUGGCUGCAGCAAGAAAGCCUCCCCCACCACCCCCUCCAACGUCUGCUCCACCCCCACUUUCCACAGACAGCCAAGACGCAAGCAUGGAUGCUGUUGCUUCUGAUAACGAAGCUGUGGCUACUUUGGAGACUUCAGAAACAGAUGCUCCCAUCCCUGUGCCUCCAUCUGAACCGGAGCCUUCCGCCUCGUCUUCAGAGACUACUCCUCCAUCAUCGCCCUCGCCUGUCCUCCCCCUGCCUGUCAGCACCGUGACCCCAGUCUCUAUCCUUUCGUCUGCUAAAGAUACAAAGGAGGCUAAACAGAAGAGAAGGGUAACAUUUGCAGAGGUGCACGUGGAGACGGCCUUCUCCCCUGAGCCUCCAGAGGAAGAAGACAUGGAAGAGAAUGACAACAUCACUUCCUCCACACAAUACUCUGAGAGUGGAUCUGUAUUAUUAGGGGAGGGCCUAUCUCUUCGUGGAAACAAAGUUGGACUUGCAGACUCCACUAGCCAGAAGGAUAUGUUUGACCUGGGAGAUAUGUCCGGCGUGGGCAGUGAUACAGACAACUCAGACACUGAGCUGGUCACCCAAGACCCUCUGGCCUCCCUGGCAGCAGAAUGCAUGUCUCAGUGGAGCUCUUUAAAGGAAGUGUUUAAGAUCCCAAAGAAAGAAAGAGUGGAGGAGAGAAAGAGAACAGAAAGAGAAUUAGGAAAUAUCCAACUUGUGGAUGUGCUGUCCAAGAAAGAGCCUGAAGCCUCUGACCCUUAUGCAAAGUGGAAACGAGGUCGAUCAAGAGCGUUUGUCCGCAAGAAGACAGCAGAAGAGGAUGAGAAAAAGUCCAGUUUACCUAAAAUGUCUAAAGAAGAACGUCGGCAACGGUUUGAAGCUCAGGUGAAGGCAGAAGAUGAAUUGGCAGCUCAGGCAGCAGCUGAGGAAUACCAACGUCAGCAGGAGGCUUACAUGCUGCAUCAGCAGCGUCUCAUGGAGGACCCAGCCUACUUCUACAGCUUCCAUCUUCAGCAAGGGGAGCCUACCGGCCUAGAUCCUAGCAUGGCGCCUCCAGAAGGUGUGGAUUCUGUAACUGGUCAGCCUGCUCAGGCUGAGACACUUGUCGACCCUCAGACUGGACAGCAUUACAUUGGCAGCAUGGGGCAGACAAUUAUUGACCCCAACACAGGUCAUCCUGUUUUGCACAUAGACCCUAAUACUGGGCAACCUCUGCUGCAGAUCGACCCCAAUACAGGCCAGCCUCUUUUGCAGAUUGACCCCAAUACAGGCCAGCCUCUGUUGCAGAUCGACCCCAAUACGGGCCAGCCUCUGUUGCAGAUUGACCCCAAUACAGGCCAGCCUUUGUUGCAGAUUGACCCCAACACGGGUCAGCCUUUAAUUCAUCACCAGAUAGAUCCUCAGACUGGUCAAGCCAUAGAUCCUCUGACCGGUCAGCCCAUUGACCCUAUGACUGGCCAACAUGUUCAUCCAACAAUAGAUCCACAUACUGGACAACCCAUUCUUUCUACGGUGGAUCCAACAACGGGCCAGUUAGUCCAUCAGAUUGUUUCUCUCGCCGGGCAGCAGCCUCUAGACUCUCACACUGGACAGCCUAUAAUUCAGCCACAUGUGCAUUCUAUGGACCCACUCGCUGGGCAGCUGCCACCAGAAACUGUAAUUGACCCAAUGACUGGUCAUCUUAUACAGCAUUCAGUUCUUAGUUACCCCCCUCAAUCUCUGCUUAGCCACCAAACUAGUCAGGUUCAAAUCAAACCCAGUCCAGCAACCCAUCUCCCUGUUGCAUCCAAAUCUAGUAGUUCUGGUCUGUCAGAGUUAGACAUGGAAGAGGAAGUGCCCCCACCACCGUCCCCUCCCACAGUGCCAGUAACAAAGCUUCCGCCAAACUGGAAGACUGCCAAAGAUAGUGAAGGAAGGGUCUAUUACUAUCAUGCUUUCACCAGACAAACUCAGUGGGAGAUGCCCAGCUGGGAUGAAGAUGAGGACUCUCUUAAUGAUAUGGAGCUGGAUCCUUUACCCCCUGAGGAAAUUAUCAGGCAAAGUAAAAAGAAAACUACCACGGCUGCUGCUGACACGUCCAGUGAGGUGGCCAGAAAGAUCAAAGACAGCUUCCGCAUCAAGAUGUCUAACCACAUCAUACUUUACUUGAACCCGUACCGCAAGAAGGACUGCAAAGUGGGACGCAUCUCAUCCACUGAUGACUUCAAGCACCUGGCUAGAAAGCUGACUCACCAUGUCAUGUCUAAAGAGUUAAAGCACUGCCGUCAUGUAGAGGACCUGGAGGUAAAUGAGAAUGUCAAGGCCAAGGCCAAAGAUUAUGUGCGCAAGUAUAUGAGCAAGUUUGGUGCCAACUAUAAAAAAUCUUCCUCGCCUCAACCUGACUAGCGGAAUGUCCUCGGUUGCAACUGGAAACACAGGGACAAAUCGUUAAGUCAGUCUCUACAAUAAUGGACGACAUGAUAUUCUUCUUUGGUACCAAGAUUUCUUUACUUUUUAUUAUUUUUUUUAAACCAGUUUAGCAGCAGAAAAAAAAAUGAGUUCUAAAAAAAUUUUAAACGGUUUUCUAUAUCUAUUUAUAUAUUUUUAAUUUGUAAAAAAAAAAUAGAGAAAAAAAAAACAUUGUAUAAAAAAAAUUUUGGUAUCCAACAAUUUCUAUAAAAUUAUGUUGUUGAAAAAAAAAAUUGUUUGCAAGAGAAGCUUUUUAAUAUAUAUUUCUAUUCACUCUGGUGUGUGAUAUGUCCAAGACUUUAUUCUAAUGACUUAUUCAUGUACUAUGACGAAAUCAUAUACAAUCAAGCAUGUUGCUCAUAAUCUUCUGCUCAUUCUUUGAAAUCAUUUUAAUGAUUAUCUUUCCCUUGAAAGUGACAUUGUUCUGACAAUUUUACGUGUUAUAAUUUUAAGAUAGGGUCCAAGGUUUUAUUUGGAAGUACUGCAGAGUGUAUGGUGCCCCAUGUUGAAAGUACCGGUUUGAAUUUUGAUAAGAUCAGGUUGUUUUAGCCAAGGCCAUUGGGAAGAGAAAUAUUGAAAGGUUAAAAAAACAAAGCUCAAUUUCAGGAUUAAACAGAACAGCAUUAUCGGCUAUCUUGCUCUCAAGGGAGGCUAUGCAUGUAACAUUGGCUUUGCAAAACAAAGUAUAUUAACUCACAAGUACGAUCGGUAUCCGAUAUUUCAUUGUCAUUAUUUGUAGCUUGGAUAUUUGAGAUGAACUGUGUUAAUUGUUUUAAAAUUUUCUAAUGAAAUGUAUACCUGGAUGUUGUGGAAUGUAAAAUGGCGAGAAAGUGAAAAAAAAAUAAAAAAUCAUCAGGUCACUGAUCUCAAUGCCAUUUUGUUUUUACAACUAAAAUUGCUUGCUUAGUAUUUUUGUCUUUGCUUGAAUGACCUUUUUUUUUUUUUUGCAUUUCCUGAAACAGUUGAUCUGUCAUGAUUUUGCAUCUGUAUUUUAUAAAGAUAUAUUUCAGUCAGAGGAUUACAGACUAGAAGCAGGCUUUAGCACUUUUAACAAUGCCUAGUACUUAGAGGCUUUAAUCCAUUUCACAUGCUUGCUAUCAAGUGCUUAUACCAAGUGUGCCUCUCAGGAUGAAUAAGGUUGUUUCUUCUUGGAAACGAUGAACUGACUCACAUCUAGGCGCUAGUGAAUUUCGAUCACUUAUAGAAGCAAUACGGAAAGUUUUUCUUCGCAUUAUUAUCAAAAUGAAGAAUAUUUUUGAUAUCACAUUUUUUUUUACAAUAAUUUUUAUCAGCGGUAGUUAAGCUUAAAUAUCAGCUCCUGCGCACUUCAGUUGAUUAAGUCUUUGUAAUCACUCAGUUGCAUUCUGGGAAAGGUGAAAAGAUUGAAUGUUAAAAAAAGAUGUUUACAUGAUCAUAUCUAUAUAUAUAAAGUUAGCAAAACAGAUUUCUUGGUAAAAGACAAUUAAUGUGAAAAGUGUAUGAACAUAACAAUCUUUUGGGACAUUUUUUUUUUCCUUACCUGUAUUUUUAUGUGAAGUGGCACAACUUUGCCAAUGUAAACUUGAUUUGUUUGACAUUGACAUAUUUAUCAACUAUGAUUUUUACAAUUUUUUUACCAAACAAGUAGAUGUAGUCUAGUUCUAGCUGUAAUUCAUUUGUCAAAAUUUUCCUAAAAUUUUAUUUUUUUACUCCAAGACAAAAGUUCACUAUAACAACUACUAUAUACAAGAGAUUUGUUUUUUAAAACUACAUUAAUUUAGUUAAUAUAGUAAUUUUAGUAUUUGUAUUUUAACUUUUUUUUUAGCAUUGGUGUUUAAAAUUGAAAACUUAUAAAAGGAAGACAGUGGUACUUUUAAACAAAAAAAAAAGGACUUAAUUCUAUGGUCAUGCAGAUUCAAAAUCAGUUCAUUGAUGACAAAGAAAUAUGUUUGUAUGAAUAUGUAUACGAAUGAUCGAGAUAUUUAUUUCAGUUUGUUGCUAAAAGGACAAAUGAAAAUGGUAUUAUUUCCAAACUUAUCAGAGAGGAAUAACAAGAUUUUCUUUGUUGAAACAUCAAAUUGGCUGGCCUAUAUUAUCAGUGCCCCUUUUUCAACAUUUCUUUGGUACAAAAUCUCCAUGACGUGUUAUAUUAUCUGUGUCUAAGAUCUGCCUGUAAAAUUCAUAGUGAUUACCUGGAGGGGGGAAUGUAAUAAUAUUCUAGCAAAUUCUUUGAUGAUAACUUACAAACCCAAAACAUGAAUCUAUCUUUGCAUGUUGAUAGAACUAUAAUUAUAACUUACUAACCAAAACAUGAAUCUAUCUUUACAUGUUGAUAGAACUAUUAUUGGGUAUGAGCGUCAACCUUCAUAAAUGAAACAUCUAUGGUUUUAGUUCAUUAGUAUAUUUGGUAGCCAGUGUAAGCGAUUAGAUGAACAACUUUAAAAAAGAAAUGUUUUAAUUCAUAAGUAUGCAUGUGUGUGUGCAUGGUCCAAGCUAUUGUGUUGAUUAAUGUAAUUACUGUGUUCUACAGAUUCAGUUGUUGAGUUGGGUAGGGAUGUUGUUUAUAGCAUAAUUGUUUUGUUUUACAAUAGAUGUAUAUAAUGUUGUUGGUUUUAUAUUUUACACAUUCACUGAAUAUUUUAGUGUUUCGUUUUUAUGUGUUUUAUUCCAUUCAUAAUUGUUUCUUUAACUUUCAAGUGUAUCUGUGAAUAAUGUGAACAUUUUUUUAAUGAUUAAACAAAAAAUUGAAUAUAAUUUAA